UGGGCAGACGUUUCGCAGUGCCUUCCUCCCAUGAAAACUGCCCCGUGUCCUGCUCAGCCAAACAAACCUCUCCUUUGCCUUGACUCAUUAAUGAUUGAAUCAUAUGCAAAUGAGGUUAAACGACGAUGCUGUGCUGCGCUCCAGGGAUCCCAGCGUUCUCGCCAAGGCAUGGUCCGGGAGAGCUGAUGCAGAGGCAGCUCCCAGCCCUGGGGAUGGCUGUGAACGAGACAGAUGGCUGUUUGCUGAUGAACAGAGCCCUAGAAAAGUAUUAUCUUUCCACCAUGUACAGCCUUGAGUUCAUUUUAGGCUUCACUGGAAACACCAUUGUUGUGUUUGGCUAUAUUUUCUGCCUGAAAAACUGGAAAAGUGGCAACGUCUACCUGUUCAAUUUAUCAUUAUCAGAUUUAUUAUUUCUAUGUACUCUUCCAAUACUUGUGAACAGCUACUCCAGAGAUCAAUGGGCAAAGGAGACCAUCUUGUGCCACAGCAACAGAUUCCUUCUGCAUGCAAACCUGUACAGCAGCAUCCUUUUCCUCACCGUUAUCAGUAUUGACCGAUACAUGCUCAUAAAAUAUCCUUUCAGAGAACAUUUUCUACAGAAGAGGAGAACGGCCCUUAUCGUGUCUGUUGCCAUAUGGAUUGGCGUGAUACUGGAGCUGCUGCCGUUGAUGUAUUUCCUGGACCCUAUAGUGCCUGCCUAUGAGUACAAGUGUCUUGAUUAUGCAAGCUCUGGAGAUCCUGUGAAAAGCCUCAUCUAUAGCAUGUUCCUGACUGUCUUUGGGUUCCUCAUUCCUCUUGUGAUCAUGUGCUGCUUCUAUGUGAAGAUGGUUCUUUUCCUUAAAACCAGGAGCGAGCAACUCAGUUCUCUCCUGACACUUGAAAAACCCCUUGCUUUAGUCAUCCUCGCAGUGGUUACCUUCUCAUUGCUCUUUACUCCCUAUCACAUAAUGCGCAAUGUCCGACUUGCUUCCCGAAUACCAGCCUUGAAUGUCUCUGUGUGCACACAGGGCAUCAUCAACACCAUUUACAUCAUCACGAGACCCAUCGCGUUUUUGAAUAGCGCCAUUAAUCCUGUUUUUUAUUUCUUAAUGGGUGACCACUUCAGAGAGAUGCUGAUGGCAAAAACAAGGCAGCUCUUGAGCAGGUUGACAACCACUCGCAAAUGAACGAAUAAGGAGUCCUCUUGUAGUGGGAGACGGGGGCAGGAAACUCUCUUAGGGAAAGCGUUCACCAAUGUACAGUGCCAUUUUUUGUAGAUAACUUUAUUUAUGCUAUAGAAUAUGCGUAAGCUGAUUGUGUUCUUCUAAAAGCACUUGUUACCUUAUUUUACAAGAGACCUCCUUCUGCUAAUCUAAGUCCAGCAAACCAGAAGUGAUGUUCUCUCACAACAGUACAGCAGGAAACCCUAUCACCUAUUAAUAUUGUAAAUAAAAGAUCACCAUGGUAGUUCUUAGAGGGAAACUAUGCUGCUCUCAGACAGCUUCUUUGUGAGCCGUAACUUGAUGCUGGACUGGACCUAGGCUUGGGUAAAAUGUGCCAGGGGCACUAAUUCACAUGGUCAACACAGUCUGGGGAUCAAAGUCGAGUCUUCUUUAUAUAAGCAUUUGCAAACUCUGUGUCUCCUGGGAGGUUUACCUUUCAGAAUAAAUAGCUGGGACAAUUUCCAUUUCCAGCUAAUUUGGCGAGGGUUGGCAUCUCGGAUGUGGCAAAAAAGGAAGGUAUGCAAACAGCUGGGUGGAACGCUUUGUCAGCAUCGCGGGAGGGAGGCAGUGGCGAGGUUGCUGUUUUUGUUUGUAGCAAGUGCAAGGAGUGCAGGAAGCUGAAACGUUUGGCUGCUGGUCUUACAAGCAUUUCAUGGAAGCACUGAGACAGCGAAGGCGUGUGUGUGUGCAGGCAGGUUCUUUCAACCUGAUAUUAAAGCUGGAUUCAGCUUGCAGAAGUAAAAAUAAGAAAAUCUAUUGGUUUAGUUCUUAACUGAGAUUUGCCUUUGUACAUCACUGGGACAGCUAUGCGGGCUCAUACUGGCAUACUCGCAGUCGCUUUUCAAAGUGUACAGAUUUACUUAACUUUAAUGUAAUUAUCUAUAAAUGCGAGUAGAAUGUAGAGCUUGAAGCAGAAUUUGGACCUCACGGUUUGAACUUCAUUAACAGUUCCGAUAAUGAAACAGGAGCUAACGAGGAGCCAGUUCUCUGCCUAACAUCCCUGCAGAAUUGUUGCUGCAGCAGAACUUACUCUCCAACCGACUGACCUGACUUCAAAUACAAAGGGUGACGAGAUCGGUGAAGUAAGAUGCUCGUACCAGCCGGGGCUCGGGAAGGACCUGCUGAGAGCGCCGGGACGUGCCGGGCAGAACGUGGGCAGCAGCGUGGGCAGGGUGCGGGCAGCCGCCCCCUCUGCCUGCGUUCCGGCAGGCGAUGGAGGAGCCCCCAGCGAAGCAGGAGGCAGGCGCUGCCCGGGGGCUCGCUGCUCCCCGAGGGCUGGAGAAAAGGUCGCCCGUUGUCGUGCCUCGUCAGAGACAACUUCAGUUCUACUUUCUGACGUGUUGGUCAUCUGCAGUACGCUUAGCUGUUUCACUGA